AGAGGCAGGAGAGUUGCAGCUAUCUCCUUUGAUUUUGGCACAAGAGAGAAAGUCGGAGAAGUCUUGGCAGCUUUUAGCACAAUGCUAUCCGAUUAGAGAUGGGGCAACGUGCCAACUCACAGAUAUAUACGAGUCGUCGGUAACGAUCGUGUAACGUUGUCUGAUAAUCAUAUUUACUUUGGCCAAAGGACAUAUAUAUUGUUCCGCAUCGUCUUUACUAAUUGUAGCACACAGGACCAUCUUUUCAGUUACUUCCGUGUACAUUAAAAAGGCUGACCAUUAAGACAGACCUUCGUAAACCUGAUUGGCUUACGGAUAUCUCGGAAACCUGUUCUUAUUUGUGAUUGGACGGCUAACUGCAUGAGUUUUGAGUGACAUGUAGCUACAAACGGUUGGACACGUAAUGAGGUCAUAUGCGUCUCAGGAAUACUCCCUGUUAGGAGACAAGUUAUGAAGGAGGAGAAAGCCUGAACUGUCAUAAAACAUUUUGGAUUACUUCAUAUGGAUUCUUCAUGUUGAUCCUUGCUUUCCACAAACUGAGUAGAACAGGGGUGCGUGUGAGGAGACUGGCGGCUCAGCUCUCCAAAGCAACCAUGUCCACAAACCAAGGGGGCUCUAGUCCGUUCUCUGCAGCCAACGGGGAUGCUCCCACUGCAGCCAUUCUCAUUAUUGGAGAUGAGAUACUCAAGGGUCACACGCUGGACACAAACAGUGCCUUUCUGACACGAGCGCUAAGGAAGCUCGGAGUGUCUGUGCAGCGCAUUUCAGUCAUACCAGAUGUACAGGAGGUAAUUGCCAAAGAGGUGGCCCUCCUUUCCCCUCAAUACACACACCUCAUCACUUCAGGGGGCAUAGGCCCCACCCACGACGACGUCACCUUCGAGAGUGUUGCCAGAGCGUUCCAAGACGAGUUAUAUCCCCACCCUGAGCUCACCCGGCUGGUUGAGGAAUUCUUCGGGGUGACGGAUAAGGACAGCGCUGCGAUGAAGCUGGCCAUGGUGCCUCGCUCAGCCAAUCUCAACUAUGGAACUGACCCUCAGACUGGACAACUGCUCCGCUACCCACUGGUCAGUGUGCGUAACGUUUAUAUAUUUCCUGGGAUUCCGUCUCUGAUGGAGAGGGCCUUUAAUGGGCUGGAGCACCUGUUUGCCGGUUCAGGGACCACUUUUCACACCCGUGAGGUGUUUGUGGAUGCGGACGAAGCGGAGAUCGCCGCUGUGCUGACCAAACUGCAGGCCAGUUGGAGCCGGAAGGUGGCUCUUGGCUCCUACCCUGACUGGCUGAGCAACUAUCACAAAGUCAGGCUGGUCCUGGACUCGGAUAGCCAGGAGGAGGUGGACAAUGCCCGGGCGCAGCUGCUGGACGAGCUGCCCAAGGGAAGCGUGGUGCCCUUAGUCACUGACCCCGUGUCCAUCGCCACUGCUGAGGUGUACACGCUGGCCAACAGCGGCACAGCGUUGGGUGACAAAGUUAUGCAUGCGCUGAAAACGAUCGAGGACACACUGGAUCAGUAUUCCACAAAGGAAGUCUGCGCCGGCUUCAACGGAGGCAAAGACUGCACGGCGCUGCUCCAUCUCUACUACGCAGCAGUGAAACGGCGUUAUCCAGAUGGUAAAGACAAGAUGAAAGCUCUGUACAUCCGCAUUGUCUCUCCAUUCCCAGAGAUGGAGAGAUUCCUUCAGGACACGAUAAAAAGAUAUGACUUGGAGAUAAUCUCUGUGGAGGGCAGUAUACGGCAGGCGCUGAGCGAGGUGCAGGAGAGGAGGCCGGAGCUGAAGGCUGUACUGAUGGGCACCAGGAGGAGUGACCCCUACUCGCACACACUCACAGCCAUGUGUCCCACUGACCCCGGCUGGCCAGAUUACAUGAGAGUCAACCCAUUACUAGACUGGACGUAUCAUGACAUCUGGUCGUUCUUGAGGACGUUAUACGUGCCCUACUGUAUUCUCUAUGAUAAAGGGUACACUUCACUGGGCAGUAUGGACAACACCUGUCGAAACGCUUCCCUCCAGACGGUGGAUGAGAGGGGGGUGAGGCGAUACAAGGCAGCCCACCUCCUGGAGAACGAAGAAGAGGAGCGAAACUCUCGUGCCUGACAUUUCUCAACGCGUCACCUGUUGCUCAUAGAGCCAGGGUUUUCAGAUCUCGGAUCAACCCCUAUACAAAUACAAUAUAAAACAACAUUUGUAUAGUAUUUAUAUAGUACUUAUGUGAAUAUUUGCUGGCUAUCUGCACAAUGAGAUUGUAAAAUAAGUCUGUGUGUGUGUGUGUGCUUGCUUUUUGUUUGUACAUGUGAGUUUCAGCCUAAAGUAAUGGCUCUCUGCCAUUUAAAUAAAACAUCAAUCUGUGUCAUCUUUUUCCAUUGUCAUGUAACUAUUUGUAAGAGAAGUCUCUCGUACAGAUGGCAGCAUGCAGGGCUUUCAAUAUUGCUCUUGAUUUAUCUAAUUCAUAAAUCCAUUUGUAUUUUUCCUAAAUCCAAUAAGGACAAGAAAGACGGCCUCGUUCAAAAAUGUAUCAGUAAAUAAUGUGAAAACUAU